AACUUUGACAACUUGGCACUUCCUCUCACAACAUUUUUCUUUUCUUUACUGGCUUUGAUCACUGGGUUUUCUUGUGCUCGGUAAAGCAAAAAUACAAAAUACAAAGUACAAUAUUAACCCCAUCAUCAUGGACGAUCAAUUCAACGGUCGUACUGAUGAUGAUUUAUUCGCUGAUGAUUUUGAGCCGGUGGAAACUCAAGUGAAUGAAGCGACGGGGCACACGACAAUUGAUGAACCCACUUCAGUAGUCGAGACCAGUCUGCCUGCAAAUACUGCGGAGCCAACCCCAACUACAAAGCCUGCGCCGACACCAAAUGCGCCGCGCUCUCUUGCUCAAUCGCGCCACGCAAAGCCAGCAAAGCCAGCACAUAAUCAACGCCCACGAAAGCACUCCCCAAAGCCUGUCGCCAUCGCUCCGGUUGCCUCCCCCGUCGCCGCCCUCGUUGCGACAGCUUCACCAACCGAUGUGGCCGGACAGCAAUUGCAGCUACAGCAGCCAGUGCAAGAUCCAUCGCUAGCCAAGAAUGGCACCAGCGACGAAGCCAGCAGCCCCACCAGCAAGAAGGCACAGCAAUCAUCCCUCACAAAGUCAGGGCAGAACACCGCACACGUGGACCGCCUCGCCUCAGGUGGAAACCCGCGCACGAAGCUGACAGAAUCGGAACUUGCCGCCAAGAUGGAGGAGAUGCGAAUCCUAUCGGCGGAAAAGACCCGGCGAUUCGAACAGGCCGAACGCGAUAGCCGAUCCCACGCACUUGCGUACGAAAAGGGUAUGGAAGAGGCGCGACGACGACGCGCGGAGGAAGCAGAGCGCCGACGCCGAGGUGAAGAAGAGCGCCGCCGAAUGGACGAAGAGCGCGCUGCCAAUCGCGAGAGAAAGCUCCGGGCUAUGGGCGCUAAGGAGGGCGGAAGUUGGGAUGAAGGAAAGGCCAUGGAGGAGGAACGAGACCGUAAAACGCAAUUCUGGGGGGCCAAUGGAGGGGUAAGAGGGGCACGAAGCGGUGCGUCGCUGGCCGGCAGUCGCUUUGCCGAGAAAGACGGUGAUGCGGUACCAAGAGAAUUUGGACCAGAUGAUUUUCGAGGCCGUGGGCGCGGCGGGCGCGGCGGGCGUGGAAGAGGUGGCGGGCGAGGUGGCCGUGGCGGAUUCAACCAUGAUUACGAGCGUCGUGGUGAUGGUGGUGGCAUGGGCAAACCGACACCCGCACACAACGGCAAUGGGGCUCAGAAGCCCAAGCCGGCGCAAGCUCCCCCUACUGCAGAUGAAUUCCCAGCUCUGCCAAUGCCGAAGAAGUUAGAUACUUCGACCAAGACGUCAGACGCGCCACCGAUGUCUCUUCUUUCGCCUAGCCUCACUUUGCCCCCCAUUGGCAAAUGGGACGAUGAGAUGGCUGCGCUUGAUGAGAAGAAAGGGUCCUAGAGUUAUUUUCUUGGACCCCCAAUCAAGUCUUCUUUGAAUCGAGGAUGGGAAAAAGUGAAAAGGAAAGGGGGGAUGACGCGUACGAAUUACGAAGGUUCUAGGCUGAAAGUAAAGAACCAAUGCAAGCAACAUUAGAGAUACCAAAUGAAAUAAAAUAAAUCAAAAAAAAGA